AUGGACAUCGGCGCGGCCGCGGCGCCCGCGGCGGCCGCGGCGAACGGCGCCUUCGCCGCCGUCGCCUGGAAGGACCGGAAGACGUCCGCCGCCGCCUUCCUCGCGAGCCUCGCCGCGAGCCUCGUCGUCACGGACUACGGCGUGCUCUUGCACGCGCUCUUCGCCGUCUUCCUCUGCUGGACCUACACGCUCAAGCGCGCCAUGGACGCCAAGGAGAAGGCGCUCGCGGCGCUCUUCGCGCAGAUCGACGAGGACGGGAGCGGGUCCAUCGACGCGGACGAGCUCGCCAAGGCGCUCGCGGUCUGCGCCGCGCGCAAGGGCCAGCCGCCGCCGACGGAGAAGGAGGUCGCGAAGCUCUUCAAGAAGCACGCGACGGGCAAUCCCAAGGGCGUCCACAUGGCCGAGUUCCGCGAGCUCGAGAAGCACCUCGGCGAGGCCGCGCUCGAGUUCGGCGACGAGCCCGCGCCGGAGGCGCCGCCGGACGCGUCGCCGGCCAAGGGCCGCGUCUCCCCCGGCUUCUCGUCCCUCGGCAAGCUCGUCAAGGCGCCGUCGGUGAAGAAGCGCGCGAAGAAGAAGAAGAAGGAGAAGGAGCCCGAGAUCAGGGGCCCGCUCAAGGGCAUGCUGCUGCGGACGUUCAACUCCGCGGCGAACGGCGCCGCGGGCAAGCAGCUGGGCAAGGCGCAGCUCGAGUGCGCGGGCGUCGCCCGCGACGUCAACUUCGCCAAGGGCGUGCUCCUCUGGAAGGACGCCACGAUGACGGGGCCUCUCCUCGCGGCGAACGUCGCCUUCGCCGCGGCGCACUACGUCCUGCCGCCGAACCGCGUCGUGCCCCUCUACGUCUGCGGCGCGUUCUUCGGAUUGACGGAGACGUGCGACGCGCUGCAGGUCGUCGCGGAGCGCGCGCCGCGGGCGUUGGGCCGCUACGUCGCGCUCCGCCGGGGCCUCGCCGCCGGCGCGCGGAAGACGGGCCGGCCCUCGACGGCCUUCUCCAAGCUCCUGGCCCGGACGGGCUCCAAGGCGUCCGGCGCCAUGGCCGAGGCCCUCGAGCGCACGGUCCGCGCGAUCUUCAAGCGCGUCGACGUCGACGGCUCCGAGAGCCUCUCGAAGGCGGAGCUCCGGGCCUUCGUCGAGGCCGCGGCGGCGGACUCCGGCGCCGACGCCGCGCACGCGCUCGCGGACCUCGACGCGGCCAUCGCCAAGGUCGACCUCUGCGACGGCGAGGUCGACGUCGCGGCGUUCACGACCAUCGUCUUGGACUCGAACAUCGCCGAGCUCCUCCUCGCGUCCGAGCUCCGCGCGCAGGUCCUGAGCCCCGAGGGCGUCGAGUGCGUCAAGCGGCCGUCGGCGGGGUCGAGCACCCUCGGUCUCUCGCUGAGCUCGCACGCCUGCGCCGUCGCCGUCCGCGGCGACUGCUUCGCCUACGCCAAGCGGUCGGGCCACUGGGCGGAGUUCCCGCUAAGCACGGUCGCGCGCAUCGCGCCGGACGCGCAGGAGCCGCGCGCGAUGGUCGUCGCCUGCGGCGACAAGGUCCUCGCCUUCAACCUCGCGAACGCCUUCGUCGCCGCGACGCUCGUCGCCGUGCUCAACGACGCGCGCGACGCCGUCGGCGUCGUCGCGCGCGUCGUCGCGGAGCCCAAGGAGACGCCGAAGAAGCCGCCGAAAUCCUCGAGCUCCGUCGACAUCUUCUGCGGCGCCAUGGACGCGAGCCAGGCGAGCAGCAGCAGCGGCAGCGUCCGGUCGUCGCCCCAGGCGACGCGCGGCGGGUCUCUACGCCUGUAG